CGAGUCUCCAGAAAGAGAUUGACGACCACAAGGAGGAGAUCAAGAAGUACCAGGCUGAGAAGGCUAAACUGGAGUCGAUCAUCCGCAACCUGGAGAAGGACAUUCUCGGUCUGAAGAAGGAGAUCCAGGAGCGUGAUGAUACCAUCCAGGAUAAGGAGAAGCGUAUCUACGACCUUAAGAAGAAGAACCAGGAGCUUGAGAAGUUCAAGUUUGUGCUGGACUACAAGAUCAAGGAGCUCAAGAAACAGAUCGAGCCACGCGAGACUGACAUCAAGAACAUGAAGGAGCAGAUACAGGAGAUGGAGUCUGAGUUGGAUCGCUUUGACAAGUUGAACACGCAGCUUGAGCUGAAUAUCACGGAGUUGAGGCAGAAACUGAAGGCCACAGACAAGGAGAUGCACCAGGAAAGACAGCGGGUACGCGACAAGGAGGCCGUUGUGAAGCGUUUCAAGACGGACCUGCACAACUGCGUCGGCUACAUUCAGGACCCCAAGAUGCUGAAGGAAUCUAUCAAGGCUCUCUACACUAAACACGUCCAGGAAGACAUUGAUUUCUUGACUAAACUUACUGAGUCUGCGAGUGUUGACGCCGAUAUCCAGAAGGAGUACAGCCGACAGAGGGAGCAUCUUGAGCGCUCUGUGGCCUCGUUGAGAAAGAAGCUUGCCAAGGAUUCUGAGAUUCACCGAGCUGACAACGUCCGCAUCAUGCAGGAAAAUGUUUCAUUGAUCAAGGAAAUAAAUGACCUUCGUAAGGAGUUGAAGAUUGCCAGAACACAGAUCCAUGACCUUGAGGCUGCGAUUAAACAGAACAUGAAGAAGGAAAAAGGUGGAGAGUAUCCCGAUAUCUACACUGUCAUGCUACGAGCGCCGAACGCUAUGGCGGAGUCGGAAAUUGAGGAGAGAAAUAAGAUCAUUAAUAUGCAGAAGCUUGAAAUUCGCAAGCUUCGUCACGAAAUAGAUACAGGUUCUCGACCGUCGUCUUCGUCACGGCUUCCCCCAAUGCAUCCAGUCGAUUCUUCAGCAUAACUGCCUUAUAGACACUUUCAAAUGAUAGAUUUUAUAGUUUUUGAGAACAAUUGAAAUGUGUUACAUUGGAGAAUGAAUGGAUGUCACUUUUUAUCAUGAUGUAAUUUAUUUAAGAUAAAAAACUGCAAUUUGUUUCUAUGGUCACUUUUUCAUUUAACUUCCUCCUUACAUAUAAAAUUUUAUAAUGUUUGUAUACAUGCAAAUCUUAUUGCGAUAACAUUUGUUUUUAGAAUGGUCUGAAAACUUAUGCAAAUGUUAAACAUUCCAAAUGUGAAUUAUUGAUAGUAUGUAUAGUAUUGUUUUAAGUUAUAAAAACUUUGUCAGCAAUAAAGAGUCCUGUCAUGGGAGGUUUUUUGAUAAUCAACUUAAACAAUAUUUAACCCAGUGAUCGAAACAAAAAUCAAACUUAUAUCAAUACAUGCAUGUAAAAAGGAAUGUAAGUAAAUUUUACAAAAAAUAAGAAAAUAGCUACAACUGAAAAUUGUCCUUUUCCUUCACUGGACUCAUGUUUUGCACACAAGUAUAAUUUCAUAAAUGUUUAAUACAAGAAUAUUUUGAUGUUGAAAAGCAUCAUUGUGAAUGUACUUACUUCAUCUGUGAUAUUGUUUUACACCGUCCUAUUUUAUCUAUGGAAAAAAUGUUUACUGUUUUAAUGUGUUGAAUUAUUGAGUAAUAAAAUAUAUGCAUCUUGAAAAAGAUAUUUCU